AAAUGGGGUGUCUCGACUUGCGACCCAAGUAAAAUCAUCUCUUCCGACUUGAUAAAAGGGCUCAAUCUUCAAAGAAUCGAGAAAGAAUUAUCUUCUACUCUCAUUUCAGAACUUCAGAUCAGAGAAGAAAAAUCUAGAGAGAAUGGCUUCUGUGGUUGAUUUGCUGCCCAAGGAGUACGGUUAUGUCAUUUUGGUGUUCGUUCUCUACGGUUUCUUCAAUGCUUGGAUGGCCGCCCAAGUCGGCAAAGCCCGGAAGAAGUAUAAGGUAUUUUAUCCAGUCCUAUACGCCUUAGAAUCAGAGAACAAGGAUGCCAAUCUCUUCAACUGCGUUCAGAGAGGGCACCAGAACUCGCUGGAGAUGAUGCCGGUGUUCUUUGCAUUGCUUCUCCUAGGAGGGCUUCAAUACCCUGUGGUUGCAGCUGGGCUUGGCUUUGUUUACAUUGUUGGUCGAUACUUCUACUUCAAUGGCUACGCAUCUGGAGAUCCCAAGAAACGUAUGAGAGGGGGAUUCUAUGCCUUGGCGUUGCUUGGGCUUGUUGGUUGCACUAUUUCAUUGGGAGUUAAUCUUCUGCGUCAAUGAAAUUUCUGGAGAUUAGAGAUUGGCUUUUAGGUUGUUUUUUGACUUUCUAGGAUAUGGAAAUGUUGUGAGGUGCGACAGAUUGAGGAACUGGUUCUUGUUUUGACUUUGUAAUAAUCUAAAGUUACAAACUUUAUUAAUAUUUUACUUUCCAGAAUUUUGAAUCUAUGUAGACUCUGAUUGUUAUUUUCUUGA